AUGUCGAACAAUCUGAUCGCUGUUGUCCCCGUCCUCGACGGCUCGAACUGGUCGCUCUGGUCCCAGCAGAUGAAGGCGUACCUCAUGUCCCAAGGCCUUUGGGGACACUGUGACGGUACAAUUAUUAUGCCUGACCCUGUCGUAACCACCUACAAGGACGGCAGCACCAGUGAAGAUACCUCUGCACGAGACGCCUGGAGACUGAAUGAUACCAAGACUAUCGGUACAAUUCGUCUUCGAUGCUCCCCUGCCGUUGCCACCCUUAUUCAAGACAAGACAACGGCUAUUGAAACCUGGAAGGAGCUCAGUUUCACGAUCCCGGCCGACCAACAUCCCGCUCCCGCCUUUGCCAAGAUCACCAAGCAUUUUAACGCUUUGGCUUCUGAGAGCCAGACCAUCCCUAACUGUCUCCAGGGAUUGAUCUGUCUCAAUGCGCUCCCUCCUCGGUAUGACUCUGUCGUUCAAGUCUUAGUCCAGGGAUCGACAUCGACAAUGGACAUUGACAAAGUCCGGGAGGCUGUCGUCACUGCCUGGGAGCAAUCCCAGAACAAAAAGACAACACAGCUAGGUGCGCACAAGAUCUCGGCGGUGAAGCGUAAGCCGGGUGAUCCCUCCUUUUCUUUGCAGCAGCAGCAGCGCCCUCAGGGCAGCAGCAGCAAUGCGCGAGAUGGGAAGAGGCGCCCUUAUCGCGGCAAGCGCGCAGGCAAGAAGCGUCAAGGGCAAAACCAUGAUCACCACCAUGCCCACGACGUC